GCGCAAGGGGGCUGUGUACCGUUACAUCGUCGUCGGCCAGGCGCUCGACACCCGGGGGGGUGAGGAUGCUACGGUGCACCUUCUGCAAUAAGGUGUGGCAGGGAACCCAGUAUUAUGUAACAAAACACUUCACCCAGCCACAAUAUUGCCAGAAGGUGUCCGACGAAGCACUGUUUGACAUUGCGCAGAAGUGCACACACCGCUUCGAGGCCGACGAGGCGGAGAGGGUCCGGCACUACGCACAGGAGCGUGGGCUACAUGUCCUGCGGUCUGGAGCGAUGGGUGGCGAGGCGGAGUGGAGUGGACAGGGCGUUGGCGGGGGAGAGGAUACCAUGCGUUGGUUCGAGGGUGGUGCUGUGAGAGAUGGGGCGGGCGCCGAUGUUGCGGAGGAGGGCGCGGCGGGAGUCGACCGCGAGCGUAGCAUGGCAGAGGGUGAGCGGAUGGCAACGGGAGAGAGGGCCGUGCCCAAGGUCGAUCCGGUCACUUGUCAGAGGACGCGGGGCUGGGAUCCUGUGGGGAAGAGGCCCGUCCCGCCCGAGAUACCUAGCACGCCGAGUUCCUUCAGGACUCCUGUUCGUGAUACUCCUGGUUCUUCCAUAAGGAAGGACAGGGGUGCAGAUCUUCCUGCGACGCAGGCUGGGAAGAGGCUGGGGCAGCAGAGGGUGACGGACACAUAUGGUGGCGAGUGGAUCGGUCGUUGGAGGAAGGCAUUCUUUCGCUGGGCGUACUCCAGCGGGGUUGCCUUCAAUGCCUUUCGCAACACACCGUGGAGGGACCUCCAUCAGGUCGCACUUCAGCAUCCUGGUGGAGGACCUCUGCCCGUGCUUCCCUCCCACAGCGAGAUCACGAGCAUGCGAGCUGUGGAGAUCCACCGCCAGGAGUUGGCGGAGGAAUUGGAGGAGGUUAGGCAACCAUUUUGGUCGAGCGGUGCCACCCUCCUCUCUGGCGGGAGGAGGUCAAAAGACGGGCGACCGAUCGUGAACUUCCUCGCAGUGGGGUCUCGAGGGGUCGUCAUAUACACGACGAUCAACCAAGAGGCGGAGAGGAACUGGGCGGUCCACGAGGGCAUCCACACGAAGAAGCGCAAUCAGUUGGCCUUCGAGAAGGUCGUCCAUCUUGUCGAGAUCACCGCAAAUGUGAGGUUGAUGGAGUACAGAUGUGCAAGUUGUGGGUACGUUCUCCCUUGGGAGCGAGACGAGGGUAUGCUCGAUGCUCAAGCGGGCAUAGAGCUGGACCCCGUGCGUUCGGGGAUGAGAAGCUCGAUGAUGCAAGAGGAGAUCGAGGAGCAGGCUGCCCUCAUUUCGCGCGAUCCCAUUGGGUCCUCUGCGCCGCCCCAAGCAGAGUCUGUUUUCGAUGCUCGUGCAGCUAUCUUCCAGCCAUACCCCAGGGAUGAUGCCUCUGGGGACGAGAGGGAGCGGGAAUGUGCGGAGGACCCCGCGCUUCCCAUCCCGCGGAGAUUAACGAAUGGUACUGCGCUGGUUGAGGGAGAGGACAACGUGGUAGAGGGUGACGUCGCCCAUGACAGAGGAGAGGGCAGCGACACCCUUGACCCGAUUGUUGAGCGUUUCAUCGCUGACGAGGUGGGUCCCGCACUAUCGGGUUUGACCCCGGGCACAAUGAGGGCACUGGGGGCGUCGCCAUCAGGAGAGAGCGCGGCGGUUGGCGAUGAGAUGCGGGAUUUUGCACAGAUGUCUUUCGGGGAUCCUCCCACCCCUCGUCAGAGUCGUAACGCAGAGAUAGAGGAUAUAGCGCGUGCCCUAGUGGCCGCUGGUCACUCCGCAGAGGAGAUCGAGCAGGCAUUCGCAGGAGCCUCCAGGACUCGUACACCGGACAUGCUUCAGCAGGGGUACGAGGAGGCACGAGAGCACCCUCUGGAGGAGCAUUACGAUGCAGCCGUUGCAGAGAUCCCGAGAGAUAGCGGUCCGUUGGUACAGUUCACGGGCAUGCAGCUGACGACGACGACGCGACCAGUUCGACCAUGUGUGCAGGGCUUAGGUUCUGAGGAGGUGGCACCUGACGAGGUACCACCGGUCGUAGUGGUGGAUUUAGGAUCAGAUCCACCGCUUCAGACUUCCGUUAGUGGGCGGCGAGCUCCUGAGGAUACUGCUUGCCCAUUUCAUGCGGCAAAGCUCGCACGGGCUGUUGUGCAUAAUGUCACACGACAGGAGGACACAUACUUACGGAGACCAGCCUCCGAUAUCACCGGGUUGUGCCGUAGGAGUGCAGCAUAUCGCGACUCUCGUCCGCGUCCCGUGCCUGCAGCGGGUUGUGCUGCAUUGGGGGAGUCUUCAGGAGCUGAGGGGUUGGGGAUGCCGCGGGGUUCUCGUCGUGAUAAGAUUGUCGAGGUUGUCACUCGGGCGAGUACUAGGCUUGUUCAGGUGAGGAGGGGGGAUGACCAUGUCAUAGUAGAGGAGGACGAUCCUGAGACGGAGCCGGCAUGUGACGAGGACCCGCCUGAGGAUGACGAGUACAGAGAGGACGACGAGAGUCGGGAGGAGGAGAGAGACUACGAGGAGGAGGACGACGACGACGACGACGAUGAGCCCUCCCCUCGACCACGACGUGGUUCUGGUAGACGGCAGGAGGAGUUCCGUGAGACGAGACGCCACACGAGGAGUCGAGGACCAUCCACUGCGACCGAGGCGAGCCGACGAGGUGUGUCACAGACAGGCAGCCCGGGUCACGAGAGGCGGAGAGGCAGCGGUAAGGGGAAGCGAGGUCGAUGGUCUUGACAACUUCGUUCCCCUUCCAUCUCGCAGAUAUGUCAUUUAUCCAUCUC